CUACACCUCGCGAUGGCGCCAAACGGAACGAACAAGACACAAGCUGGUGGAGGAGGGGGGUGGAGCCGCGCGCUCCUCCUUGCAGUGGUCGCGCUCGCGGCGGGCCUGUAUCUGGGCCAACAGCGCGCCUCGGGCUCGGGCGACGUCUCGCUCAGGCCCAGCAGCGCCGACGCCGCCGCGCAUGUCUGCCGACACGCGGGGCACUUCCACUCCCCCCAUGACCACGCGCACGACUCGCCGGUACGGUGUCCUGUCCAGCCUGACGCGCGGGAUGUUGGUGGUGACUGGAACCCAGCCGACAGCAAGGCCGACCGUUCCCUCGCGUACGACCGCCUUGCUGGGGCUAUCCGCAUUCGCACGGAAACCUUCGACGGUAUGAGCUUCAACGCGUCCGACCCGUCAUUUGACGUCUUCUACGACUUUGAGGCGUACCUCCGCAAGACGUUCCCGCUGUUCCACAAGCACAUCCCCGUCGAGCACGUAAACGUCCACGGCCUCCUGUUCACAUGGAAGGGCACCAACCCGGCCCUCAAGCCCAUCAUGCUCAUGGCGCACCAGGACGUUGUGCCCGUCAACCCGCAGACCGAGGCCGACUGGACGCACCCGCCGUUCGACGCCGUGCUCGACGACGAGGGAUGGGUGUGGGGCCGUGGCACCACGGACAUGAAGUCGACUCUCAUCGCUGAGCUCGCGGCCGCUGAGAAGCUCCUGUCCGAGGGCUUCGUCCCGGAGCGCACCAUCCUCUUCUCAUUCGGGUUCGACGAAGAGAUCCUAGGCCAGCGCGGCGCGGCGCACCUCGGCCCCGUCGUGCUGGAGCGCUAUGGCCGGAACGGCAUCGCGCUGAUUCUCGACGAGGGCUUCACGGGCGUCGACGAGGCGUACGGGCGGGACUUUGCGCGUGUCGGGCUCGCCGAGAAGGGGUGUCUGACCGUCAAGAUGACGCUGUACACUGCCGGCGGGCACUCGAGCCGCCCGCCCCCGCACACGGGCAUCGGGCUCAUCGCGGCGCUGUUCACUGCCAUGGAGGCCGCGCCGGGGCCGGUCAAGCUCGAUGCGGCGAACCCCCUGCUCGGGUUCCUCGAGUGCGCGGCCGAGCACGGGAAUAUGGACGCCGGGCUCAAGGAGAAGGUGCGCUGCCAGCGCUGCUGGGACAGUCUGAGCGACGAGCUGGCCGAGAGCCCCGAGGCGGCCUUGUUCCUCAAGACGACGCAGGCCAUCACCGUCGUCAACGGAGGCAUCAAGUACAAUGCGCUCCCCGAGGUGGUGUCGUCGUUGACCAACUACCGGACCGUCUUCUUCGAGACGUCGCAGACGGUGCUCUCGCGCCUCGUCGCCGCGCUGACCCCCGUGGCCGAGGCGCACAACCUCACGCUGGACGCGUUCGGGUCCAACCCGCUCGCGACGCGCGACGUCGUGCGGCUCGAGACGGUCGGCGUCGUGCUCGAACCCGCGCCUAUCACGCCCGACUCUGGCGCCGCGUGGGACCUCGUCGCGGGCACGAUUAGGCACCAGUGGCCGGGGAGCGUCGUCGUGCCGAGCGCCAUGACUGCGUUUACCGAUACCCAGUGGUACUGGGACUCGUCGCCGCACAUCUACCGCUUUGCCCCGGCCUCGAUGAAGCACAUUCUCAACUUCCACACUGUCGACGAGCGCAUCCACCUCGACGCGCACCUGAGUGUCAUUCGCUUCAUGUACAAGAUUCUGCGCAACAGCCAUGGCUGGAAGAGUGAUUAGUAGUAAAUUGUAAUGCCGAUUAGUAAUGGAGUCAGCGGGUGAUUAGAAAA